AGCACCCCUCUGCCUGAGAGUUGCGCACCCCGCCCUUCCUGCGCAGCCAGCGGACUCAAAUCAAGCACCAUGGACGCGGCAGCCACGGAGCACUGACUUGGAGUAAAACCUCGUAUUCAUAUUUUUCUUUAAAAAGUGUUCUAGGAUAUUAAAAAUAAUAACAAAUAUCCAUGCCACCUGGAAGGAGAGCGCCUUGUGGACACAGCGAACCCGGAGCCGAGCACAGGUUCGUGUAAAAGAAGCAGUGAUUGCACCAAAGCGGUUCAAGUUUUGUCCGUGGAGUACAAAACUCCCCCAGCUCAAAGUGGACUGAUGAUGGCUCUGGUGGUUCACCUGAAGACGGUGGCUCAGCUCCGGGGGAGAGGGGACAGGAUCGCCAAAGUUACAUUCAGAGGUUUGCCCUUCUACAGCCACGUGGCUGAGAACUGUGAGGAGGUGGCUCCCUUUAACGAGACAUUCCGAUGGCCCAUUGCCAGCAGACUGGAUGGAAACGAGCUGCUGGAGAUCCAAGUGUACAAUUAUAGCAAAGUUUUCUCAAACAGACUGAUUGGGACCUUCUGCAUGGUGCUGCAGAAGGUGGCUGAAGAGGGACAUCUGGAGCUGACUGACACGCUCAUUGAUGACAACAACACCUCCAUAAAGACCAAUGUCACCAUCGACAUAAAAUACCAACCGAUGGACAGCUCAAUGGGAAAUUGGGGUGAAGGAGAGUUCCUGGAUGUUCCAGACGACCGUGAUGGGAUGUUCGCCUUUGAAACAGACAGCUUGAUUUCAGGACAAAGCCACGGGUCAGGGAUGUCACCAGGACGAUCCCUGCAGGGAUCCAUCCCAACCUUCAGGAAAACUGGGAAGGGAGUUUUCUCAGCCAUGAAGCUCGGCAAGAUCAAGAGCUCUAAGGACAACCACAAGAGAGGAGAUGAGCCAGCGAUUCUGGAAAUGGAAGAUCUGGACAAGAAGGCCAUUCGUCUGGCUGGGACACUGGAACCGGACGCCGUGUCUUUAGCCUCCGUGACCGCUGUCACCACCAAUGUUUCUAACAAAAGGUCAAAGCCAGAUAUCAAGAUGGAGCCGAGCUCCGGGAGACCGGUGGACUAUCAGAUCAGCAUCACGGUGAUCGAGGCUCGGCAGCUCAUAGGCCUGAACAUGGACCCGGUGGUGUGUGUGGAAGUUGGAGAUGACAAGAAGUACACCUCCAUGAAGGAGUCCACCAACUGUCCGUACUACAACGAGUAUUUUGUUUUCGACUUCCACGUUCCUCCUGAUGUCAUGUUUGACAAAAUCAUCAAACUCUCAGUUAUUCACUCUAAGAACCUGUUACGCAGUGGAACCUUGGUGGGAACCUUUAAGAUGGACGUCGGCACAGUUUACUCUCAGCCUGAGCACCAGUUCUACCACAAGUGGGCCAUCCUGUCUGACCCAGAUGACAUCACUGCAGGAUGCAAAGGUUAUAUUAAGUGUGACAUUGCUGUGGUUGGAAAGGGUGACAACAUUAAGACCCCCCAUAAGGCCAAUGAGACGGACGAAGACGACGUAGAAGGAAAUUUGUUGCUCCCUGAAGGCAUUCCUGCAGAAAGACAGUGGGCAAGAAUUUAUGUGAGGAUCUAUCGUGCAGAAGGACUCCCUAAAAUGAACACCACCAUCAUGGCUAAUGUGAAGAAGGCCUUCAUUGGAGAGAACAGGGAUCUGGUGGACCCUUAUGUUCAAGUGCAGUUUGCUGGGCAAAAGGGGAAGACGUCAGUCCAGAAGAGCAGUUAUGAACCUAUCUGGAAUGAGCAGGUUAUCUUCACAGAGCUGUUUCCUCCACUCUGCAAAAGAAUCAGGGUCCAAAUAAGAGACUCAGAUAAGGUCAACGACGUCGCCAUAGGGACCCAUUUCAUCGAUCUACGCAAGAUAUCAAAUGAUGGUGAUAAAGGGUUCCUACCCACUCUGGGUCCGGCCUGGGUCAACAUGUACGGCUCCACCCGGCAGUACACACUGAUGGACGAGCACCAGGACCUGAACGAGGGACUCGGAGAAGGUGUUUCCUUCAGAGCGCGCCUCCUGCUUUCUGUAGCUGUGGAGAUGCUGGACACCGCGUCGCCUGACUUCAUGAGCUCAUCCGAGGUUCAAGUGGAGACGGUUUCUAACAUCUCAGAGAGUGCCACGGGGAAAAUGGAAGAGUUCUUCCUGUUUGGUUCCUUCCUCGAAGCGACUAUGAUCGACAGGAAGAUCGGCGACAAACCUAUCAGUUUUGAAAUCACACUGGGUAACUAUGGCAACCAGAUAGAUGGCGUGAGUAAAUCUUCUGCGCUGAAGAAGAGAAAGAAAGAGGGGGAGAACGCGGAGGAGGAAAACGAGCUGAUCCAGAACUCCAGCGAGGACGAGGCGGAGGAGGAGGGGGACGCUCUAUCUGUGUCGUCAACUCCGCCCAUGAGGCCAUUCAUCACUGACAGAAACUACUUCCAUCUUCCCUACUUUGAAAAGAAGCCGUGUGUUUACAUCAAGAGCUGGUGGCAGGACCAGAGAAGACGACUUUAUAAUUCCAACAUGAUGGAUAAGCUCGCAGACAAGCUGGAAGAGGGUCUGAAUGAUGUGCAAGAGAUCAUUAAGACAGAGAAGGCCUUUCCAGAGCGCAGGCUCAGAGGAGUGCUGGAGGAGCUCAGUGUCGGUUGCAGUCGGUUCGUGACACUUGCCAACAAGGAUGUAAACCAAGCAGGCAGAACCAAACUCGAUCGAGAGAGACUCAAGUCCUGCAUGAGAGAGAUGGACACCAUGGGACAGCAGGCUAAGCAGAUCCGCACACAGGUGAAGAAAAACACGGUGAAAGAUAAACUCAAGCUGGCGCAGAACUUCCUGCUGAGGCUUCGCUUCCUCGCUGACGAGUCUCAGCACAGCAUCCCAGAUGUGUUCAUCUGGAUGAUGAGCAACAACAAGCGCAUCGCCUACGCCCGUAUUCCUUCCAAAGACAUCCUGCACUCCACAGUGGAUGAAGAAACAGGCAAAGACUGCGGGAAAGUCAAAGCUGUCUUUCUCAAGCUGCCUGGUAAGAAAGGAUUUGGUCCUGCAGGCUGGACGGUUCAGGCUAAAUUGGAGUUAUAUCUGUGGCUCGGUCUCAACAAGCAACGAAAAGACUUCCUAAGUGGUCUCCCGAAUGGUUUUGAGGAAAUUAAAGCUGCCAAAACUAUCUCCGGGCAUCACUCUGUGCCCCCUGUUGGCCUCGCCUACAACAUGAAGCAGGUGUUCCAGCUGAGAGCCCACAUGUACCAGGCUCGCAGUCUGUUUGCCGCUGACAGCAGUGGGCUUUCAGACCCCUUCGCCCGCGUCUUCUUCUCCACACACAGCCAGGUUACCGAGAUUCUGAGCGAGACUCUUUGCCCCACUUGGGACCAGCUGCUGGUGUUUGACGACGUGGAGCUGUUCGGAGAGGCCAGUGAGCUGAGAGACGACCCUCCAAUCGUUGUGGUUGAAAUCUUUGACCAGGACACUGUGGGUAAGGCAGAGUUCAUAGGUCGGACUUUUGCAAAGCCUACCAUCAAGAUGUGUGACGAGCACUACGGGCCCCCCAGGUUCCCCCCACAGCUGGAGUACUACCAGAUCUACAGAGGGAACUGCACCGCUGGCGAGCUGCUGGCUGCGUUUGAGCUGCUGCAGAAACCCUUCAAUUCAGAGGAGAUCCGGCGCGCUUUAAUUGCUGUCCACAACUUUACUGUUCCUCAAAUAAAGAUUGGUCAAGGGGGCCGGGUUGACCUUCCACCACUCGAAGGGUCAACAGACACGGAGCGUGGCCCCAUCCUCCCGGUGCCACUGGGCAUACGGCCAGUUCUGAGUCGCUACCGAAUAGAGGUUUUAUUCUGGGGAUUAAGGGACUUGAAGAGGAUAAACUUAGCUCAGGUGGAUCGACCUCGAGUGGACAUCGAGUGUGCCGGUCGAGGAGUUCAGUCAGUCCUCAUUCAGAACUACAAGAAGAAUCCCAACUUCAGCACUCUGGUGAAAUGGUUCGAGGUGGAUCUUCCUGAAAACGAGCUCCUCCAUCCUCCUCUGAACAUCCGGGUGGUGGACUGCAGAGCGUUUGGACGCUACAUCCUGGUAGGCACCCAUGCUGUGUCCUGCCUGAGACGUUUUAUCUACAGUCCUCCAGACAAGACAUCCAACAACUGGGCUCAUGCAGCUAAGCUAAUGAAUGGCUACAUGGUUCUAACCAGUGCCGGUCCCCAUCCUCGCCCCUCACCCAGCCUUUCUUCCCGCACCUUCUCUCGCCCUGCAGGUGAUGUCAUCGUCAACUUGGACGACGAUUCUUCAAUCCGAAAGAUGGGCACUGUUGUCAAAUUGGAUGCUACAUCUGAUGCUGUUGUAAAAGUUGACACGACUGAAGAAGAGAACGACAAAGAUAAAAAGAAGAAGAAAAAGAAGAAGAAGGGAGGAAUGGAGGAAGAUGAUGAGACAGAUGAGAGAGUGCUGGACUGGUGGUCCAAAUAUUUUGCCUCAAUAGAGACUCUUAAAGAGAUCGUCAGAGCACAGGAGGCAGCUCAGGCAGAAGCAGAAGAAAAGGAGGACCUUGAAAUUGCUGCUGAAGCUGCAGAUUCCAGAUCCGAUGACUUUCUUUUAAGAGGCUCUAAGUUGAAGGAAAAAAGCAAAGAGAAGAAGAGCUCCAAGGACAAGAAGAAGGGUCAGGCUGCAGACUGCUCAGAGAAACGACCGAUUAAACCCAAGGUGGACGAGUUGUUGGUGUACAACAAGGAGCUGGAGAGCGAGUAUGGCAGCUUUGAAGACUGGCUUCAUACGUUCAACUUGUACAGAGGAAAAGCUGGAGACGACGACGAACACGCUCUGGAUGACGACAGGAUCGUAGGGAGAUUCAAAGGAUCUCUGUGUAUGUACAAGCUACCUCUAUCUCAGGAGAUCACAAGAGAGGCAGGAUUUGAUCCUAAUAUGGGAAUGUUUCAGAGCAUUCCGCAUAAUGAUCCCAUUAACAUCCUCGUUCGGGUCUACGUGGUCCGGGCCACAGACCUUCACCCUGCUGACAUCAACGGGAAGGCCGAUCCAUACAUUGUCAUCAAACUGGGAAAGUCGGAGAUCAAAGAUAAGGAGAACUACAUUUCAAAGCAGCUUAAUCCUGUUUUUGGAAAAUCAUUUGACAUGGAAGCCACGUUCCCCAUGGAGUCCAUGUUGACUGUGUCUGUGUACGACUGGGAUCUGGUCGGAACUGAUGACCUGAUCGGAGAGACAAAGAUCGACUUGGAGAAUCGAUUCUACAGCAAAUUCCGAGCCACUUGUGGCAUUUCAUCAAAUUAUUCCGUACACGGAUACAACAUUUGGCGGGACCCUUUGAAGCCCAGCCAGAUCCUGGCUAAGCUUUGCAAGGAUGCUAAGAUUGAUGGACCUCAUUACGGCCCGGGAGGCAAAGUCAAGGUGGCAAAUCGAAUCUUUACAGGACCGACAGAAAUAGAGGAUGAAAACGGUCUGAAAAAGCAAACCGAGGAGCAUUUAGCCUUGACAGUAUUGAACCACUGGGAGGAAAUCCCCAGAGUUGGCUGCAAGCUUGUUCCUGAACACGUGGAGACGAGACCCCUGCUGAACCCCGACAAACCUGGAAUCGAACAGGGUCGGAUUGAGAUGUGGGUCGACAUGUUUCCCAUGGACAUGCCUGCUCCUGGACCUGCAAUCGACAUAUCGCCACGGAAACCAAAGAGCUUUGAGCUUCGUGUUAUUAUUUGGAACACUGAUGACGUAAUUCUAGAGGACGAUGCUUUCAUGACAGGGGAGAAGAUGUCUGACAUCUAUGUCAGGGGAUGGCUUAAAGGACAGCAGGAAGACAAACAGGACACAGACGUGCAUUACCACUCCCUGACUGGUGAGGGCAACUUUAACUGGCGCUUCGUCUUCCCUUUCGACUACCUGGUGGCUGAGGAGAAGAUUGUCAUCUCUAAGAAGGAGUCCAUGUUCUCCUGGGAUGAGACUGAAUACAAGAUCCCUCCUCGCCUCACACUGCAGGUCUGGGAUGCAGACCACUUCUCUGCUGAUGACUUCCUGGGUGCGAUUGAGCUGGACCUGAACAGGUUCCCCCGAGGCGCCAAGACCGCUAAGCAAUGCUCCAUUGACAUGAUUCGAAAUGAGCAGGAGCUGCCCACUAUUUCCAUCUUCAAACAGAAAAGAGUCAAAGGAUGGUGGCCUUUUGUGGCUCGCGAUGAGAAUGAUGAGAUGGAGCUCACGGGAAAAGUUGAGGCUGAGCUCCACCUGGUGACGGGAGAGGAAGCAGAGAAAAGUGCUGUGGGUCUGGGACGGAACGAGCCUGAUCCACUGGAGAAACCGAAUCGUCCGGACACCAGCCUAAUGUGGUUUCUGGGCCCUCUGAAGUCCAUCGGUUACUUCAUCUGGCGCAACUACCGUUGGCUGAUCCUCAAGACGCUGGGGCUGCUGCUGCUGCUGCUCAUGCUGGGUCUCUUCCUCUACUCGAUCCCUGGCUACCUUGUCAAGAAGAUGCUGGGGGCCUGAUGCGCUGUCGCCCUGACACCACCUUCCUGUGGUUCCUGAGCCCGCUGAAAGCCAUCCGCUACCUGGUCUGCAACCGUUACAAGUGGCUGAUCAUCAAGGUCGUGCUAGCCCUGCUGCUACUCAUCAUGCUGGGCCUCUUCCUCUACAGCAUGCCGGGUUACCUUGUCAAGAAGCUGCUGGGUGCUUAGGACGCUGCUGGGAGAAAGGGGGGGGAGGAAAAGAGAGGAAAGGCUGGGAGAGGAAGAGAGGGCUCGCCCACUUGAAGGGAGGCAGAGGGAGGUCCAGUUGUACUGUUUUCUCCUCUUUGAUCCAUUCAGUUUCACAUAAUUACACAUUACCUUCCAUUUUAGCACAAAAGAGAGGCGAGUGCAUCAACUGAAGAAAAAGAUCGGGUCUCCAUCUGUGAACUGAUUAAGCAGCGAUCAAACAUCACUAUAUCACCCAAUUUACCAUUUUCCUUUAGCAAAAUCACCUUUCCCUUUUCUGUAAUUUAAUUUUUUUUUUCAUUUAUUAUGAAGAGAAGUGUGGCUUAGUGGUCAGGAAGCAUCCCAUUUCUGAUCCACUGUGUGACAUUGAGGUUCAUAUAGAAUAAAUUAUUGAAAAACGUGGUAAUGCUUUAAUGUUGCCACCGUUUGAAAAUUACAAACCAAUAAUAGACAUUACAUAAAUAGUUUUAUAGCUUUUGUUGAAGCUCCUGCCACAUGCAGGAGAUUUUAAGGAUGCAAAUAAAAUAAACUUUAAGAAAGGUCUAAAUAUUUAUUAAUUGUGUAGUGAUUGGCUGUGAAGCUCAGUAGAAGUGGGUUCUAUUAAAGUGUUACCAUCUGAGGAACUUUUUAUUGCUUUUGCAGUUUUUGCACACUCGUAUGAGAAUUAAUUCAAUUCAGUUGAAUUCAAUUUUAUUUAUAUAGCGCCAAAUCACGACUAGAGUCGUCUCAAGGCACUUCGCAUUAUAAACAUUCCAAUUCAGGUCAGUUCAUAAAGCCAAUCUGAAAUAAUGUUUCCUAUAUAAGGAACCCAGCAAAUUGCAUCAAGUCACUGACUAGUGUCAGUGACUUUACAGCAAUCAUCAUACUAAGCAAGCAUAUAGCGACAGUGGAGAGGAAAACUCCCUUUUAACAGGAAGAAACCUCCAGAGGAUCCUGGCUCAGAAUAAGCAGCCAUCCUCCAUGACUCACUGGGGAUCGAGAAGACAGAGCAGACACACACACACACACACACACACACACACAGACAAAGAUAAAGUAAUGUGUCUAUAGUUAUAUUGUGAUUUCUUAGUAAAUAUUCUAUUUGGUGAGAGGUAAACUUUAUUGUAUUUAUCCUAGUGGAUCUAUAAUUAAACGGGUAAACUAGUAGUAGCACAUCCAACAUCAAGGAAAGCAAAAAGUUAUUAUCAGGAGAGGGAGAAUAAGUGGUUAGCAGCAGUGUGCUAGACGAUGACCCCCAUGAGGCCACCACAGCUCAGCAGAACAUCACUGUAGCUUCUUCUGGGGAGAAAAACACUUAGAGAGAAAAUAAAGUUAACAGCUGAAAUAGCAGGAAAUAAUACAGUUAAAGAGCAGAUCGUAGAAGAAAGAAGUAGAGUGUGAAAAGUGGUCAGUGUAUCCUCCAGCAGUCUAAGCCUAUAGCAGCAUAACUACAGAGAUAACUCUGGAUAAUCUGUCCUAUUUAGAUGGAGGCAUGUUGGAGGCAGGGCAAGGGAGAGCCGUCUUUACCGACUGUACACUCCACCUCCCUCUACUCCCCCACUUGUCCAGAUUUAGGCUAACAUCAGAUUUUAACCAUAGGUCCUAUCAAAUAAAAAUGUUUUAAGCCUAGUCUUAAAAGUAGACAAGGUGUCUGCCUCACGGACUAAAGCUGGGAGCUGGUUCCACAGGAGAGGAGCCUGAUAACUAAAAGAUCUGCCCCCCAUCCUAAUUUUAGAUAUUCUGGGAACCACCAGUAAACCUGCAGUCUGAGAGCGAAGUGCUCGGUUAGGAACGGAUGGAACAAUCAGAUCACUGAUGUAUGAUGGAGCUUGAUUAUUAAGAGCUUUGUAUGUGAGAAGAAGGAUCUUAAAAUCUAUUCUGAAUUUAACAGGUAGCCAAUGUAGGGAAGCUAAGACAGGAGAGAUAUGAUCUCUCUUUUUAAUUCUCAUCAGAACUCUAGCUGCAGCAUUUUGGACAAGCUGAAGACUUUUAACUACAUUCUGUGGACUUCCUGAGAGUAAUGAAUUACAGUAAUCCAGUCUUGAUGUAAUAAAUGCAUGAACUAGUUUUUCAGCAUCACUCCUGGAAAGGAUGCUUCUAAUCUUAGCAAUAUUCCGAAGGUGGAAAAAGGAAAUCCUGCAAAUCUGUUUAACCUGGGAUUUGAAUGACAUGUCCUGGUCAAAGAUAACACCAGGGUUCCUUACUUUGUUCUCGGAGAUUAAUGUAAUGCCAUUCAAGUCAGAUGAUUGACUAAGCAAUUUCCUUUUCUGGAUUUCUUGUCCAAAGAUGAGAACUUAUGUCUUGUCUUGAUUUUAAAGCAAAAAGUUUAGAGUCAUCCAAUUUUUUAUGUCCUCAACACAAGCCUGUAAUCUACCCAACCGAUUAGGUUCAUCAGGGUUAAUGGAUAAAUAUAACUGAGUAUCGUCAGCAUAACAGUGGAAGUUUAUCCCAUGCUGUCUAAUGAUUUUACCAAUUGGGAGCAUAUAUAUAUAUAGUAAAAAGAAUUGGUCCAAGCACUGAACCCUGUGGAACUCCACAAGUAACCCUGGAGUAUGAAGACGAUUUGUCAUGUAUAUUAGCAAAAUGAAAUCUGUUAGACAGGUUAGGAUUUAAACCAGCCUAGCGCUGUUCCUUUGAUCCCUACAACAUGUUCAAGUCUUUCUAAAAGAACAUUGUGAUCAACUGUGUCAAAGGCAGCACUGAGAUCUAACAAGACUAGAACAGACACAAGAUUCUUAUCUGAGGCCACGAGAAUAUCGUUUGUAACUCUCACUAAUGCAGUUUCAGUGUUGUGAUACUCUCUAAAACCAGACUGAAAUUCCUCAAACAGAGCAUUGAUGUUUAAAUGCUCACAUACUUGGAUGGCCACUAUUUUCUCCAGGACUUUGGAUAAAAAUGGAAGGUUAGAUAUUGGUCUAUAAUUCAUUGGGUCAUCUGGAUCCGGAGAAGGCUUCUUAAGUGAAGGUUUGAUUACAGCAACCUUAAAAUCUUGUGGUACAUAUCCAUUUAAAAAAGGAUAGAUUGAUUAUAUUUAGAAUGGGGGCAGUAACCAAAGGAAAUGCUUCUUUAAAUAAUUUGCUUGGGAUUGGAUCCAAAAUGCAAGUUGAAGGUUUAGAUGAAGCUAAUAUUUUUGAUAACUCUGAAGGCUCAACUGGAUCAAAACGGUUCAAGCACAGAUUAGGUUCUACAGUCACCUCUGAUGCUGCCUCACUUACUGAGGAAGAAGAAAUCGCAUUAGGGAGGAUGCUAAAGAUUUUUGUUUCUAAUAGAAUUAAUUUUACUUGUAAAAAAUCCCAUGAAGUCAUUGCUGCUGAGGGCUAAGGGAAUAGAUGGCUCAGAGCUAUGAUUCUGUGUAAGUUUAGCAACUGUACUGAAAAGAAAUUUAGGAUUAUGCUUAUUCUCCUCAAUUAACGCUGAGAAAUAAGCAGUUCUAGUUUGUCAAAGCUUAUUUUUAUAAAGCACAAGACUAUUUUUCCAGGAUAGGUAGGCCUCCUCAUGGUGCGUAGAGCGCCAUGUUCUCUCUAAUUUCCUAGAGUUUUGUUUUAAGGCUCGUAAAUGAGAAUUAAACCAGGGAGUCAACUUCCUGUCCCUAAUUACCUUCUUUUUUAAAGGGGCAACAUCAUCUAAUGCCACACGUAAAGAGGAAUUAACAUGAUGAACUAAGGCAUCAAUUUGUGAGGGGCUAGAACUGAAAAUAUUGCCCUCCACUACAUGCCUCUGAGAUGCUGAGGACGGUAAAGAUGGAACAGUUGAUUUGAAAGAUGCAACUGCGUUGUCAGAUAGAGACCGACUAUAGUGAAAUUUACUUUCAUGUCUCGAGAACUCAGUUAUAAAAAACUCAAAGGUUAUCAGAAAGUGGUCCGAGAGGACUGGAUUAUGUGGAAAGAUCGUUAUUUCCUCACACUCUAUGCCAUAAGUCAGCACAAGGUCUAAUGUAUGAUGGCAGGAGUGGGUGGAGCUAUGUAUUCUUUGAGUAAAACCAAUUGAAUCUAAGAUAUUAGUAAAGGCUAUAUUGAGGCUAUCAUUUUCAAUGUCCACAUGAAUAUUAAAAUCCCCCACUACAAUGACCUUAUCAGUAUUUAGCACCAAAUCAGAUUAAAAAAAAAAUCUGAGAUCUGAUCCAAAAACUCAGAGUAAGGGCCUGGUGGACGAUAUAAAACUACAAACAAGAGUGGUUUUACAGUCUUACAAUCUGAAUUAGGAAAACUAAGAGUAAGAUGUUCAAACGAACUGUAGCUAUUAAUUGGUAAGGGACUGAUUAGUAAGUCCGAAUGAAAAAUGGUUGCUACUCCUCAUCCUCACCCUGUACUUCGAGCAAUAUGAUUUAAAUAAUUUGAAGGAGUCGACUCGUUUAAACUAACAUAGUCCUCUUGCUGCAGCCAGGAUUCUGUGAGAGAGAGCAAAGAGAUCUGAUUAUCACAGAUCAAGUCAUUAACUAACAAAGUUUUAGAAAAAAUGGAUCAAAUGUUCAACAACCCACAUUUAAAUUUUCUAGUUUUCUGCUCAGUUGAAUUUGUUCUAAUAUUUAUGAGAUUUACAAUAUUACAGAUAUUUAAUCUGUGUGAUUUUGGCCGUGGGCAGGACACUGUCUCUAUGGGGUAGUGGGUGGGUAACAGUACAGAAGCUGCAGAGGGGUGGGUUGAACUACGACUCUGCUUCCUGGUCUGGACCCUGGGUUGUCAUGGAGGACUAAUAAAACUGGCCAUGUUCCUAGAAAGAAGAGCUGCUCCAUCCAAAGAGGUAUGGAUGCCAUCUCUCUGCAUCAGACCAGGUUUUCCCCAAAAAGUUUUCCAGUUAUCAAUGUAGCCCACGUUGUUUUCAGGACACCACCUAGACAGCCAGCGGUUGAAGGACAGCAUGCGGCUAAACAUGUCGUCACUGGUCCGAUCAGACAGGGGGCCAGAGAAAAUUACGGAGUCCGACAUUGUUUUGGCAAACUUUUUCACCGAAGCAACAUUAAUUUUAGUGACCUCCGAUUGGCGUAACCGGGUGUCGUUACCGCCAGCGUGAACAACAAUCUUACUGUAUUUACGCUUAUCCUUAGCCAGCAGUUUCAGAUAAGAUUUAAUGUCGCCCGCUCUGGCCUCAGGUAAACAUUUAACUAUGGUUGCUGGAGCCUCUAAUGCCACGUUUCGGAUUAUAGAGCGGCCAAUGAUCAGAGUCGGCUUGUCAGUGGGUACGUCACUGAGCGGGGAAAAUCUAUUAGAAACGUGGACAGGUUGGUGGUGGCACACGGGCUGGGUUCUAUGCUUCCUGCGUACCGUCACCCAGCCGGCCUGAGGUCCCGGCUGCUCGGGUUCUGCUGGAGGAUCGCUACAGGGUUGUUCUGAGCUAGUUAGCCCCGCGCUAGCUAAGUAGCUAUGGCUGUUUACGUGUUUUUCAACAGCGCGGAGGCGGGACUCCAUUUCCGACACCUUCGCCUCCAAAGCUACAAAAAUGCUACAUUUAUUACACCUGCCAUUAUCGCUAAAGGAGGCAGAGGAGUAACUAAACAUCUGACACAGAGAGCAAGAGAUAGGAGACGGAGAAGCAGAGACAGAAGUAGCCAUAGCCGUGCUGAGGCUAAGCUAACUGGAUGAGCAAACUGUUCAACACCAAAUAAACUGCGUGCAAACUCAAAUGGUUCCCUAAAAGCUAGGUGGAACAUCAGAAAAUGUGUGUUUUAGCGUACUUAUGUGCUACAAUAACUCAGAGAUAUCCUAGUACAGAGAAAUUAAAUCAGUUUUAGCGAGCCCCAAACACCAAACAGCUACACGUAGUGCAACACUGAAAACAGGAAACGCCUUACCGCCAGGUGCAGCCAAUCAGCAAUCAACCUGCAAACAGUGAGUCAAAGUCAAAUACUGAAUUAAUAUAAGUAAGAAAGAAACAAACAAAGAUGUUUAUUUUCCUAACAGAUUCACUGAGACAAAGAACAAAAUAAUUUAGAAAAUAAUCAUGUAAGUAGGAAACAUUUUGUUUUUUGAAGUGCAUUGUUACAAAUAUUAAAUCUUUAUCCUAAAAGCAACUUAUCCAGAUGGUGAUCAAACUUUUUUGUAAAUAAUCAGAUUUUUAUUGUAAAAGCUUGAACUGUGAAAGCACAGUUUGGCUGAUUUUCCUCCAACACGCUGUGCUUCUCCUGUUAUUGUGUAAUCAGCCUUCAAUGCACCGUGAACAGAAAGAUGCAUAUUUUCUGCAAACAUAGUAAUGUGAUGUUAUCUGAUUUAAAGGGCCGCAGAGAAAGAAACUGUUACAAGUCAUCUUCCCAGGCUAGCCUCACUCUUCAAAAGAUGUUAACGUCUCAGGGUUGACUUGUAUUUGUAUUUGUGUGGGCGUUAAAAACAGCCACUAUUUAAAAUGCCCUCACUCUGUAGGAGCUGAUUAGCAAUCACUGCUAACCUAGACUGAUUCUGGCAAAAUCAACUUUAUGCAGCUCAAGGGAGACUCAGUUUACUCACAACACACCCUCAGUCACCUGUAGCUUAUGUACGCUCAGGUUAAUGACUCCAUUCUGCUUCUCCUUCUUCCUAAACCACACCUUGGAGUGGGAUGUUAAGUAACCAGUUCCUCACCUUUUCUGGUUACAUGACAAAGAAGAGGCCCCAGGCAACGUAGAUCCUUUUAGUUUCUCACAAUAAGAAACCAAGGUUUUAUUCCAAAAAGAUGAAAAAAGAGUAAUCCAAACAAAAUCCCGACACAGCGGGAUCCAAAUUUCUUUUCCGAUCAACAGCGCACCCCCGUGUGUGUCUAUCCCAACCCCUUUUAUAUUCUCACUCCUCCUCCUCUCUGCUGCAUUCUUCAGGAGUGCAUCUCCAUGGCAACACCCCCUGCUUCUGGGGCUCAAUGUCUGGUCACUUCUGGUCACAUGAUCUUCCUCUUCUCAGCACCUCCCACAGGCUCCCCUCUUCUCCUUUGGGAUUACAUCACCUCCUCUCACAGCCAUUGGUCAGUAGAGGGGGACGUGGCUCAUGAUUACCCCUCCCUCUACUUCCCAGGGUCAAAUGGGCAUCUCCUCGUUGCUGGACAAGAUGUCUUAUUUAUAUGCUUAUAGCAUCUGGACCAACUCCACAGAGGAUAAAAGAUAGCAUACAUUCUACUCCCAACACCUUUCAAGGUCAAAACAGGUUAUAUCCACAACAUGAAUCGUUCGGCCAUAUCAGCAGAGUGAAGGCACAUCACUAACUUACGACAUUACAGUUCAGGGGGCUAAAAGGCUGCCUGGACACACACACACACACAAACAUGAUAAGAGAAGGUAACAGGCAUUUAGCUUGGUUUCGCACACACAGAUUGAGGUGUAAUCCAGGCCUGAUUUUUAUAAUCAACAGGUCUGGAAUCAACUCAAUUCAGCAGAAACAAACAUAUCACUGUUGUCCAGUAAUAUCAAGCCGUAGAUGUUAAUAUGCAUGCAUCAUUGUGAUAACUGACCAGAGGUCAUGUGCGUUGGCAUGACUCGUCUUUCCAGCUUGAUUCAAACGAAAUUCCCAAUGCUGUUGUCUUUCACGUUACAGAAGAGAUGACGGAGGAUGAUUAAAGUGCACUUGAACCGAGUCGUAAAAGGGUUGUGACUCCACUGCAGCUGGUAUUUUGGUUGAUGUCCAGUCUCUUUUUUAUUAUUAUUAUAUACCUGUGGUUGACUUCAUUCUGUGAAUCUGCGUAACUACUGAAAACAGUUGUGGUUUGCACUUGACUUGCCUGUUUUUAUGAUAAAUUUGUGUAUUUAUAUAUGUUGAGAUGUGUGACUCCUUUUUGUUUGUUUGGACAACUUAAAAUAAAAUGUAUUCCAUGAACAACAUAUUUAAAAA